AUGUCAUAUCGUGGUGGUGCAAACGGUAAUUCUGGUUUGAAGAUGACGGAAAGUGGAGACUCAUUCAUAGAACGUCAAAACGAUAGUUUAGUUGAACAGCUGUCGGGCAAAGUUGCUGCGCUUAAAAGGAUAACAAUCGCUAUUGGUGAUGAUGUUCGUGAGCAGAAUCGUCUACUAAACGAUAUGGAUGGUGAAUUUGAUUCAUCAAAGGGAUUAUUAUCAUCAACAAUGCUUAAAUUGAAUCGUGUUGCGAAGUCUGGUGGCAGAAGUAUUUUAUGCUAUUUAAUACUUUUCUCAUUAUUUGUUUUCUUCGUUAUUUAUUAUCUUAUUCAUUAA